AUGAUGCCUGGAGGCUUGUCAGGGGCCAGACCUGCCACACCAGAAAUCCACCUUGCUGACAAAGUGAAGCAUUGCUUGAAGAGAAAAAUCAAUGCAAAAUAUGAAAAAUUCAAAGCCAUUGAGUAUAAAUCUCAAGUCGUUGCUGGACAAAAUUACUUCAUUAAGAUGGAUGUGGGGGGUGGUUGUUUCCUCCACAUAAAAGUCUUCAGAGGACUCUCUGGAGAAGAUAAUUUGGAACUUAGUGAUUCAACUAACAAAACCAAGAAUGAUUAGCUGUCCUACUUCUAA